AAAAAUUUUUGUGCGGCGGCCAGUCGGCUAUGCUCCUACGUUUCGCGGUGCUCGUCGGCGGCACGCACAAAGCGCGUAUUAUUGCCAUUCUUCUGGUCUUGCACUUUGGGCUCGCUGCACUCAACCAUUUUAUAGAGAUAGGAGAAAUUGAGCGUGACCGUCAAAGCCUAGAAGCUCAAUUUCCAGACCUUGGAGUUGCCUGUUACGACUAUAUUCCCUGGCUAAUUGCGUUGUCCGUAACGAUUUUUUUUGCCAUCGGCGAAACGUUCGGUGUCGGCUUCUUGUGGUAUUUGCCGGAGGUAGUUCGGGACGACGAUCCAAGGAGAUUCCGUGGAUUUAAAUACAUACUGAGGAUAUUUGCUGUGGCGAUCAUCAUCGGUGAAGGCAGAAAUUUGGCCGGCGUUCGCUGUCACUUUUUGGCCCUCCGUGGCCGACUCCUCGAUAAAGUGGGCAUAGCUGACAGUCCCAGGCUCCGGUACUGGCUCUCGUAAAUUAAGCAUGGUCGCCGCGCCCGUCAAGGUGGUCUUCAACUAUUUCCUCAGUGUAGCCCUGGGCCAAAUGUCGGUCGUCGUGGCCCGGGACUGGCACAAGGGGUCGGGCGGACUACUCGUCGUCAGCUUCCUGACGUCGGUGGCUAUUGGGAUGGCGCUCGAGCUCGGCCGGCUGCUCCUCAAUCACGUGUGUUGCAAGUGCUGCCCCUGCCACGACGACGAGGCGAUAUCCGACGCCCCGGCCGGCCAAUGCGCUGACGCCGCCCAGGCCUAAGACUAACACAC